AUGGAGCACCUGUAUGAUGGAAACUCCUCAUCAUCCUACAGCUCCGUCAACACAGAGCUCAUGUCCCGGAAAGGCUACACAGUACUGGCCGUUGUCAUGGGUGUGUUCUCUGUGGCGGGGAUCACCCUCAACGUCCUGGUGAUCGUGGUGACAAUAAGACACAAAAAGCUGAGGCAGCCACUCAGCUAUGCCCUGGUGAACUUGGCCAUAUGUGAUCUGGGCUGUGCUGUGUUUGGAGGUCUGCCCACCACAGUAACCAAUGCCAUGGGAUACUUUAGCCUGGGACGUGUGGGCUGUGUGUUAGAGGGCUUUGCUGUUUCCUUUUUUGGUAUUGCAGGUCUGUGCACAGUAGCAGUAAUUUCUCUUGAACGCUACAUAGUGGUGUGCUAUCCCAUGGGUGCCGUCCUGUUCCAGACCAGACACGCUGUGGCUGGAGUGCUGCUGUCCUGGCUGUGGUCGUUUGUGUGGAACACUCCACCUCUGUUUGGUUGGGGAAGUUUUGAGCUGGAGGGCGUUAAGACCUCCUGCGCUCCUAACUGGUACAGCCGGGAUGUUGGGAACAUGUCCUACAUCAUCAUAUACUUUUCACUUUGUUUUGCCGUGCCCUUCUCCAUCAUCAUUGUGUCUUAUUCACGACUCUUGUGGACCCUCCACCAGGUUACCAAACUGCAGAUUUCUGAUGCUGGCAGUACAAAUCGUGUGGAGGUGCAGGUGGCGCGCAUGAUAGUGGUGAUGGUGUUGGCUUUCCUAGUGACCUGGCUGCCAUAUGCUUCCAUGGCACUGGCUGUCAUAAUUGACUCAAGUUUAGAUAUUGACCCCAUCAUUGCUACCAUACCUCUCUACCUGGCUAAAAGCAGCACCGUCUACAACCCCAUCAUAUAUAUUUUCAUGAACAGACAGUUUCGAGGAUACACUAUUCCCAUUGUCCUGUGUGGAUGGAACCCGUGGAGCUCAGAUUCAGAAAUUACUGAAGGAGAUAGCACGAUGGCUUCUUUCAACAAGAGCCAAAGAGUCUCAACUAAAGAAUCUUUGAAAGAAUAAAAGUGAACAUGAAUCCUUAUGGUCUCACUCCUGUGGUAGCACUGACAGAACUACCAUGCUUUCAAACCCCCUCUGCUGUGGACUGCAAGUAAACUAAUUUUGCAACUU